AUGGGCCAACCCUCCGCUGCGGCGUCCAACGCCGUCAUUUACGUGACUUAUGGACUCUUCCUCAUCACCGGCACUGCGAUUGCGUGGAAGUUCCGCAACCAGUCCAAGGGAGAGUUCCUGUCUGGAAACAGGACUCAGACGGGUCAGGAAUCCCCUCAUCUGCCGGCCGCGGCGCCGCGGAGUAUUCGCUUCGUCGUCGCUGCCGCGCCUCUCAGCCUUCCCCUUGGCCCUGAACUUCAUCGCUUCUGGGAGACAAGAAAAGAGCGGCAGAACGGCACGGAAAAAGCACACGGCACAAGCGCAUCCCGGGAUGAAACGCAACGAGCACGAGACGCCAGAACGCCGGGCGACGUUGAGACCUUGAUGACGUCCCCGGGGUGUCUGCGAACCCCCCACCCGGGCGAAACUGACAAGGCAGCCCUCGGCUCCGGAAUUCUUUUCGCCUAUCCCGAGCUCGCCACCAUCACUGGCAUCCAGGGCGUUAUGGUUUAUGCCCUCUCGUCCUCGCUGCCGCUCCUCAUCUUCGCCGUCCUGGGCCCCAUUAUCCGCCGCAAGACGCCCGAGGGCUUCGUCCUCACGGCCUGGACCCGCCAGCGCUACGGCACCGUCGCCAUGCUGUACCUCAGCUUCAUGACCCUCGUGACGCUGUUCCUGUACAUGGUCGCCGAGCUGUCCGCCAUCGGCCAGGUCGUCAACGCCCUCACGAGCCUGGACGGUCUGCCCGUCAUGAUCGUGCAGUGCGUCAUUACCACCAUCUACACAUCCCUCGGCGGGUUCCGCAUCUCCUUCCUGACGGACAAUCUCCAGGGCGCCAUGGUCGUCUGCCUUAUCAUCAUCGUCGCCAUCACAAUGGGCGUCAAGACGGACAUCGACACGUCCCUAAUCGAGACGUCGGGCCUCCUGAAGCCCACCCUCCUCGGCUGGCAGCUGCUCUACAUCCUGCCCAUCUGCAUCCUCACAAACGACUUCUUCCUCUCCGGGUUCUGGCUGCGCACCUUCGCCUCCAAGACGGACAAGGACCUGCGCGUCGGCGUCUCCAUCGCCGUCGUCGUCAUCCUCUGCAUCCUCACCAUGGUCGGCGUCACGGGCCUCGUCGCCGCCUGGUCCGGCGCCCUGCCGCUCGACCAGAUCUCUGAGAGCGGCUCCGUCGCCUUCUUCCUGCUGCUGCAGCGCAUGCCCGCCUGGGUCGUCGGCAUCGUCCUCGUCAUGGUCUGCACCCUGUCCACCGCGGCCUUUGACACCCUGCAGUCCGCCAUGGUCUCCUCAGCCUCCAACGACCUGUUCCGCAACCGGCUCAACAUCUGGUGGAUCCGCGCCGGCGUCGUCGUUAUCAUCAUCCCCACCGUCGUCAUCGCCCUCAAGGCCCCCUCGGUGCUGCAGAUCUACCUCAUCUCCGACCUUGUCUCGGCCUCGGUCAUCCCCGUCCUGGUCUUCGGCCUCACCGACCGCUUCUACUGGUGGCGCGGCUUCGAGGUCGUUGCAGGCGGCCUCGGCGGCAUCCUGACCGUCUUCCUCUUCGGCCUCGUUUACUACGACGGCGACGCCCAGAAAGCCGGCAACCUUCUCAUCAUCUCCGAGGGCCUGUACGCCAACGAUUGGAGCGUCUUCGGCGCCUUCGUCGCCGCGCCCGUUGGCAGCUUCCUGUGGGGGUUCGCAGCGCUCGGAUGCCGCCUGGGCUUCCAAUACGCCAUGGCCAAGAAGAGUGGCCGCCGCUUCGACGCUCUCGACCGUCCCAUCGGCCCCGGCUUCACCCCCGAGGCGGACGGCGCUCCUCGCUACGUCGAGAGGGACGAGUACGCGGCCACCUCGGACGUCGAGGUUGUCAAGCCCGCGGGCAAGUUCUUUUAA